AUGUGUCGCUUGCUAAUUUUUAUAAUAAUUAUCUGGUACUCAGGAAGGUCCACAAGUUGGUCAGCCAGCGAGGUUAUACAUCAGCUUAAUAAAGAUCAGAGGUUGCAGCUUAACAUUUACGUGGAUUGCGGUGGAAUGGAGCUACAAUUUGAUCAGGAAGUGCCGAAAUUAUUACUUAAUGGUUCUGGGCAGCAAAAUAAACUAUUGGGUAGAUUUAACGAGCGUGCUUUGAUAAUUGCCUGUUUCAAAGAAUCUUAUGAUAACCAUACCUUAAACAGAAUAAAGGAAAUACUAUGGGGACUACAGCACCUACCUGUUUUGUAUAUCGUUAAUUCAAACAUGGAUUUUUAUUUCCAACAAGCUUUAAGCAAGGGUUUCCUUCAUGUGCUGGCUCUAAAUUUGUGGAAUGGAACGCUCUACACCUACACUCCAUAUCCCAGAGUUACAAUUCAUAAAAUUGAGGAUAUGAAAAAAUUCCAUGUCCUGACAAAUUUAAAAAAUCUGCAUGGACAGGAGGUUCACAUUUCCGUGGAAACGAUGACACCUCGGUGUUUUCACUAUACAAAUCGUCAAGGUGAAAAAAUCUAUACUGGUUAUAUGUACAAGUUGAUCAAAACGUUUAUUGAUACCUACAAUGGCACUGAAAAGCAUGUAUUUGGAAAUGUGGAGAUCAUACCAUAUAAAAAGGGUUUAAAAGCACUAGCAAACGGUGAAAUCGAUAUGAUGCCCCGGAUUAUACACGCAUUGGAUUGGAAUUUUUUCUACCGCAGUCAUAUCUUGUACAACAUUAAAACCUUUAUAAUGGUUCCUUGGGCCGAACCCUUGCCAAAAUGCCUCUACUUCAUACGACCUUUUGGUAAUGCAGUUUGGAUUACUUUUAUUGUAAGCUUUAUCUAUGCCUCUUUGGUUACCUGGUGGAUAAGACAUAGAGAUCGGGAGAACUCUUCCUUAUCCCGGAAUUUUCUGGAUGUGCUCCAGCUGCUGUUUCAACUUCCUCUAACCAAAAAAUGGCACUUCAAUCUAGGAUUGAAUCAGGUACUCACUUUCAUCGUCCUCUUCGUAGUUGGGUUUAUUGUGAUCAAUCUAUAUACCGCCCAACUAUCCAGUUUUUUAACAACUGGUUUAUUUAAACGACAACUUAACAGCUUUGAUGAUCUAUUCCGUGAAAAGCGGACAUUGCUAGUGGAAAGUUUUGACGGUGGAGUACUACACAACAUGAUAAAGGCCCGUAUUAUUCAAAAAGAAUUUGAAAAUAUAACGUUAGUUACCUCGAUAGAGGAGGUCUUCAAACAUCGCAAGAGCCUGAAUACUACAUAUGUUUAUGAGGCCUAUGAGGAUCGCAUUGCAUUUGAGCUGUAUCAGCAAAAGUAUCUCCGGGUGCCGAUAUUCAAGACAUUAAAGGAGGUCUACGACCAAAGGCCUGUUUUUGUGGCUCUUCGUCAUGGAUUGCCUUAUGUGGAGCUAUUUAACAAUUACCUUAAGCGAAUCUGGGAGUCGGGCAUUUGGUCUAAGCUAGAGAGGGACUCGCGUUUUGAGGGAAUUUCUAGUGGUGAAAUCAGUUUUCGGAAAUCAAUGUCCUGGGAAAAACAGGUCUUCGAUAAGGAAUUUUAUUUCUUCGCCUAUAUUUUACUGGGAAUGGGAUGGCUUGUCAGCACUAUCGUUUUUUUGGUGGAGAGAUUGAGAUAUUAA